GUCUCGUCGCCCUCUCGCGUCAGACUGGCCGGAAGUAGUGCCCUGCGCAAGAUGGCCGCGGCCCUUGUCCCCCCGCUGAAGCCGGAAGUGCGGUCUGGGGGGGAGCUGGCUGGCGGCCCCUAGGAGGAUGGAGGGCGCGGAGGGGGAGCUGCGGGUGCUGCUGGUGCCCCUCGCCCGGGAGGCCCGGAGCCCCCAGGGGGACACAGCCCAGGCCAAGCUCAACAGGGCGCAGGACGCUCUGGGAAGCCUGCUGGUCUCGGGGGGGCUCCACCUCAGGUCCCUGGCCUGUGGCAGGGCUGGCCGGGCCCGCGGCAGCCCCAUCCCGGGACCGUGGGCGGACUUCAUGUGGGAGGAUGCAGAAAAUAAUGACCCACAAGAAAACAAGCCAAAACUCCUAGCUCUUAGUAAAAACAAUGAACUGUUUGUCUAUGAGCUCAAUAGAGAGGAUGGAAAAUCUGACACAACUGCCUUGUACAGCUGGAAUGAAAAGAGACUUAAAAAACUUCUGGAAGUUAAAAAUAUUAGUAUUUCUUCAAUAUCGUCUGUGAGGAUUCUGUCAUUUAAAAAGAACACAUCUUUGCUACUGUUGAAUAACUUUAUUCUUGUGCACCUUGAUUUUCCUGGAGAAGAUACAGAAUUACAGGCACUUGACUGCUUUAUCCUUGAUUUGUCCGCACAAGCUUUGGAAAGAAUAACAGAUGUGAACUUUUGUAGAGGGGUUCUAUUUUUGUUAGAUAACUCUGGCUGGAUAUACAUUUUUGAUACAGUAGAUGGUGUGCAUCUAGCAGAUGUUGACGUUGCACUCUUCCAAGCAAAUGUGGAGGAUGAGAACAAGAAUACAACCAUCUUAUCUCCCCUCACUCUGGUAAAGGUGUCGCACGAUCUCAAUGUCGCUGUGAUCGUUAAUUCCUCUAAUUAUGCCAUUUCUAUUGAUCUAAAUUUGUAUUUCAGAGAAUUCCCUGGGCAUUUAUUUUGUAAGAAAAUUUUUCAAAAUCUUCCUGUGACACGACUGGAAGGAAUUGAUGAGGAUGACCUUGCUAGCUCUGACUGCAGCAUGAAACUUACGAGGUUUUCUUUCCGGACAGACAGGUCAUGGAAAGCACACUUGUCCUCGCUGUAUAACACAUCAAAGAGACCUGACUCUCCAAAUUUGGUGCCUAACAUUUGCUUACCUUGGUACCAGUACCUUCCCCAUCUUGAACAUUAUGAUUAUAAAAUCUGUGACACAUCUGAGAAGAUCUUGUCCUCCAUACCACAAGACAUUGCCUAUAUCCUUUCCAAAUCAACAAGGAAAGAUUAUGCAAAUAUCAAUGACGUAGGAAGACAAUGGAAAAAAAUCCAUCCAGGAGGCCUAGAAGAAAUGAUGAAACUUGAGUGUAAAUCUGUGACAGGAUUUAGUGCACUGUUUGCAUUAUCAGCAGGUGACAAAGGAUUGACUGUUGCUCUGUGGGACUUAGAGACGCAAGAUGUGACAUAUUAUCACAUUGGCAAAAAUUGUAUUUAUGUGGAUUGCAGUGGAGAGGAGCAGUUGUGUGUCAUUCAGACAGAGCAUGGACUCUCCUUGAUUCUGUUUGGUUUAACUCAAGAGGAAUUCUUGAAUAGACUGAUAAUCCAUGGAAGUGCUGGCAUUGUAGAUUCUCUUUGUCAUCUCAAUGGGUGGGGAAGAUGUUCGAUUCCCAUACAUGCGUUAGAGGCCGGUUUGGAGAACCGUCAGCUAGACACAGUAGACUUCUUUUUAAAGAGCAAAGAGAAUCUUUUCAAUCUUACUUCAGCCUGUUCCUUAUCAGAGCAAUCUACCAAUAUCACACCCCAAUUUUACUUGAAAAGUGUGGAAGAAUUGAAGCCAGCUUUAGAUUUACUUUGCUCAGCAAUCAGAGAAAAUGAUUUGGAAGCUCAGAGUAAACACUUCUCUGAGCAGCUGCUAAACCUUACCUUGGCUUUCCUUAACAAACAAAUCAGAGAGAUUUUUAUCCACACAGAAGGUUACAAUCCCACUUCCAAAGCCUCGUGUCGUGAUCUUUCUAGCCAAAGAGAACAAGAACUCGAUGAGUGCUUGCAGAAAUGUGUGGAUAUUUUAACUACCUACAUUAUUGAACUUAGAACAUUUAUGAUAAAGUUUCCUCGAAAGCAGAGAAAUCUCAUAAAUAUAAGAUGUGAUCUUGAUGAAGACAUUCCCAGAAUAGAACAAAGCCAAAUGUGGGAAACACUCACUCCGGAGCAAGUUAUUUUUGAGGCCAUUUUAAACAACAGAAUACCAGAGGCUCAGACAUUCUUCCGAGUGAAUCAGAACCCUGCACAGAGGCUUCAAGAACUGAUUCAAAUAGGUUUUGAACUUGUUUAUGACAGUCUUCUAAAGGGUAAUGUCAAAGAGGCCUCAGAACUCAUAAGGAAUAUGGGUUUUGAUGUGAAAGAGCAGUUGCACAAGAUAUGUUUCUACACUAUUGAUAAAAACAUACGUAACUUGUUGGUGAAAGUGUUGCAAGAAGAAAACUAUUUUUCUGAAAAAGAGAAGACAGUGAUAGACUUUGUGCAUCAGGUUGAAAACUUGUAUUCAGGAUCCUUCCAAAACAAUGAAGAGAUUCAGCCUCUUUCCAGUUUCAGGAAUUGGAAAAAAGAACAAGAUCUGUCCAGUCACACAGCUGUUUUGGAUACAUUCUUGACUUGUGACAAACCUCAGAAUCACAACAGAGAGCACAGAAUUAUGUUAAACUGGGGUCAGUGGUGGGAUCAGCAUAUUCAGGAAAUGAUUCUUCUUCCCAAAAGAUCACAUGAAGAAUUCAAGUCCUGUAAUCCUGAGGUUCUUUGGAUGUAUCUGACAUCCCAGCAUGAUUGGCCUAACAUUUGCUCAUGGAUUGAAGAAUCCCAGCCACAUAGUCAUACCUCAUUUCAACAGGCUAACUGGCCUUCUCUGACACCUGAUAUUGUUGACCAAAACACAUUAUGCAGCAGCUAUAUGAGAAAUGAAAUAUUAGACAAGUUGGCUAGAAAUGGAAUUUUUGUCCCAUCUGAACAAGAAGACUUUGAACUCCUCCUCCUAAGAUUGAUCCACAUUGGAGGAGUGAUGCAAAAUCCACAUCCUGUUCCAAAAUACAAUACUGCGAGUGGUUUGGAUUUCCAUUCCCAUUUCAUCCUGUAUUGUUUAGAACGUAGUCUGCAGCAUCUGCUAUACACAUAUUUAGACUAUUACAGUUUAACUCCUUCGAAUUGCCCUAUUUUGGAUAAAAAGGAAUUGCAUGAGGCUCACCCCUGGUUUGAAUUUCUAGUGCAGUGUCGAGGGGUUGCCAGUAACCCAAGAGAUCCAAAGAUGAUAUUUCAAGCUAGUCUUGCAAAUGCUCAGAUCUUGAUUCCUAGUAAUCAAGCUAGCGUGAGCAGCAUGCUGUUGGAAGGACAUACACUUUUAGCACUUGCAACCACAAUGUGUGCACCUGGCGGUAUAGAUCAGGUUCUUCAGAAUGAAGAUACUGAAAAGCCUCUGAAGAAGGUGGAUCCACAGCUGUUAAAAAUGGCAUUGACUCCUUACCCCAAACUCAAAGCUGCUCUCUUUCCGCAGAACACUUCACAUGGAAUUUUGCCACCUGAUAUCUCACUCUACCAUCUUAUGCAGUCAUUAGCGCCUUUUGAUCCCACUAAAUUAUUUGGCUGGCAGUCGUCAAAUACUCUUGCCAUAGCAGACAUCUCAAGUGACCUCCCUCAUUUCUCAUCCCCUGAUUUGGUAAACAAAUAUGCCAUAAUGGAACGACUGGAUUUUUCCUACUACUUGCACCAUGGACGCCCAUCAUUUGCUUUUGGUACCUUUUUGGUCCAGCAAUUAGCAAAGAGUAAAUCCCCAAAGCAGCUGAUUCAGCAAGCAGGGAAUGAAGCCUACGCUCUAGCUCUUUCUUUCUUUUAUAUACCUUCAAUAGGAGCAGCAUGUAUUUGUUUUCUAGAGUUACUUGGUCUUGACAGCCUUAAACUUCGGGUUGAUAUUAAAGUUGCAAAUAUAAUUUGGAACUUCAAGUCUAGAAAUGAAGAUUCUCAACACAAUUUAAUAAGAGCAUCCUUGGUUGAAAAGCUAACAAAAUUGGUGGAUGGCGAAAAAACAGCAGCAGCAGAAGUGCUUAUCUCCUUGGAAGAAGCUUUUUGGGAUAAAAUCGAACAUCAAGAAAUAAAGAAAACAUCCAGUGACUCUAGAAGACAGUGGUCUUUGGUGAUGCAGUUCUGUAAGCUCCAUGAUAUCAAAUUGAGUACAUCUUACCUAAAGGAAUGUGCUAGAUCCAAUGACUGGCUGCAGUUCAUCAUCCAGACCCAGAUGUACAGCUACCAAAUAGAUGAGGUCAUUUCCAUUCUUCAAGAUUUCACUCCCAUUUUGCAAGAUCAUUUGAUGCUGGCCUUUGAGAACUUGCAGCGCUCUCGCUGUGAUACAGGGAAUCAUCACAACAACAACACCAGUUCACUCAAGACUGAACACAGGCAGAGCGAACAUACAAGUGAUCUCUUUCAAAUUCUGUUGUGCUGUCAAGAAAGUCCUAACCCUGGGUGCUACCUUUUGGCUGAAGGAGUGAGGCACCAUGCUCCUUUCUUGAGUGUCUUAGCAGCCUGUUUUCAGGAUGCCAACAUUAUUCACUGUCUCUGUGUUUGGAUCAUUACCUCUGUGGAUAAUGUUACUGCUGCUGAAGCAACAAACCAUAUUCAAGGCUCAGUAGAAAAUCAUAAAUGGGAUCUUCAUGACCUUUCUACCAUCUGGAAGAUGUUUUUAAGAAGACAAAAAAGUAAAACUCUCAUGAAUGGUUUCCAGCUCUUUCUUAAGGAUUCCCCUUUAUUACAUAUGCUGGAGAUGUAUGAACUGUGCAUGGACUACAAAAAAUACAAUGAAGCCAAAACCAAACUCCACAACUUUCAGACAAGUCUUGCAAAUCUUAAAAUUGCAGAUAAGCCAACACCUUCAGUAAUAUCAGUACCAUGGCUGGAGUCACAGGCAUUCUUUCUUCUUGAAUUGAUGAUGCAGCAAUGUAGAACACAGUAUGAAUUAGGAAAACUCUUACAGCUCUUUGCAGAUAUAGAUAAACUUCUACCUGAUGGCCCAGAUGUGAAGAAACUAUGUGCACUCAGUCAGAUUUUGAAGGAUUCAUCUAUAUCUAUUAAUCGCUCUAUCCUGACCAGUUAUGACACAGAACAUUUUCAGAAUGAAUGCAGAUCAAUUCUAGAGCAGCUGCAAGAGAGAGGAUUGUUCUCACUGGCGAGGAAGGUUGCUGAAUUAGCUGAACUGCCUGUGGACGGUGUGGUUAUCCAAGAGGUACUUCAAGAUUUACAUCUUUUAAAGCACAUUGGACAGUGGCAUCAAAAACAGACUAGAAUUGACUUCUGGAAAAAAUGUCAUGAUAGUUUUAUGAAAAAUUCCAUCUCCAACAAAGCAGCAUCUGACUUUUUCUUAGCUCAGGCAAACAUAGUGUCUGAAUCUUCAGCUGAUGAGAAGGUAAAUAACAUUAUGGAGAAACAUCUGCUGCUUACCUUGGCUGGCCAUUGGCUGGCACAGAGUGACUCUGUGGCACUGGACAAAUUAGAAGAAAUAGAGAAACAGAUCUGGCUUUGUUGCAUUGCACAACAAACCUUAAAUAGAGAUGAUGGAUUGGUCAAGUCAAGAUUUUCUCACCAGGUUUCAGUGAGUGGUGAACUUUCCUUUGAUAACUUAGCUAAGGAGUUUUCCUUUUCAAAGCUAACUGCUCUGAAUACAUCAAAAUAUUUACAACUUGAUGGUCUUGCAUUCCAAGAUAUGUCUGAAAACAUGCUGGAUAAAGCUGAGGUAGAAUCGCUUAGCUUUCUGAUUGGUCGUCUUCUAGAUGAAGGAAGCAUACAUGAAGCCAGCCGUGUUUGCCGGUAUUUUCACUUUUAUAGCAGAGAUGUUUCAUUGGUAUUGCACUGCAGAGCACUGGCCUCUGGGGAAGCUGAUCUAAACAAUUUACACCCAGACGUUCGCGCUAUUCUUCUAGUGGGAGAUACAGCAGAUGAGAGAGACACACCUCAGCCCAGAAGAUUACAAAGCACCUCAAGUGUAGAAAAUUGGUCACAUGUCCUGGCUCCAUCUCCAGAUGAUCUGGUUAUUACCAGUCUGAGGACUCUAAUCGAUGAGUGUGUUCAUGGGAGGAACUACUGCAGACAAGUCCUCUGUUUGUAUGAGCUUUCCAAGGAACUGAAUUGCUCCUACGGUGAAAUAUCAGCCCAUGAUUCUGAAAAGGUGCUUCGAGCGAUCCUUUCAUCCCAGCAGCCUGACCGAUGCAAGAAAGCCCAGGUGUUCAUCACAACACAGGGUCUCCGGUCUGAAACUGUGGCAGAACUUGUGGCUGAAGAAAUCAUGCAGGAGUUACUGGUAUCUUCUGAAAGGAAAGGGCAAAAGCAGAUUGUGAACCCAGCUAAUGAGACUCAAGCAUUCCUAGAGUUGGCCAAAUUGUGCAAGGAUCAUACACUGGUUGGCAUGAAGUUAUUGGAUAAAAUUUCAUCUGUACCUCGUGGGGAACUAUCUUGCACUACAGAGCUGCUGAUUUUGGCCCAUAAUUGCUUUAGUCUGACAUGUCACAUGGAAGGAAUUAUUCGAGUCCUGCAAACUGCUCGACUUCUCACGGAGGAACACUUGGCACCCAGUGAGGAGUACGGCCUUGUGGUCCGACUCCUUACUGGUAUUGGAAGAUAUAAUGAAAUGACGUACAUAUUCGAUCUGCUGCAUGAGAAACAUUACUUUGAAGUGCUCAUGAGAAAAAAGUUAGACCCGAGUGGAACUCUGAAGACAGCUCUGCUAGAUUACAUAAAGCGCUGUCGGCCAGGGGACAGUGAAAAGCACAAUAUGAUAGCCCUGUGCUUUAGCAUGUGUCGAGAAAUUGGAGAGAAUCAUGAGGCAGCUGCUUGUAUACAGCUUAAGCUCAUUGAAUCUCAACCAUGGGAAGAGUCUCUCAGAGAUGUGCCCAACUUAAAGAAACUGUUGAUGAAAGCUCUGACACUCUUUAUUGAUGCAGCCGAAAGUUAUUCUAAGGAUUCCUGUGUCCGCCAGUCCUUGCGCUGCAACCGGUUGACAAAGCUGAUAACUCUCCAGCUUCACUUUCUGAACACCAAUCAGAGCACGAUGUUGAUUAACCUGAACAGACAGAACCUGAUGGAUUGCAUCAUGUCCUUGCCCAGAUUCUACCAGGCUGCUAUCGUGGCUGAGGCUUAUGACUUUGUUCCAGACUGGGCUGAAGUUCUGUAUCAACAAGUGAUUAUAAAGGGUGACUUCAACUACCUGGAAGAAUUUAAGCAACAAAGGUUACUCAAAUCUAACGUGUUUGAGGAGAUUGCGAAGAAGGUCAAACAGCGCCAGCCUACUGAGACGGCUCAGAAAAAUCUGAAGACAUUACUGACCUACUGUGAAGACAUCUACAUGUACUACAAACUGGCUUAUGAUAACAAGUUCUAUGAUGUGGUAAAUAUGCUUUUGAAGGACGCGCAGACUGGCUGUUGUCUAAAGGAUAUGCUGGCAAAUUAGAUUCCUAUGGCUUGUACUGUGAUUUAAGAAAAACAGAAAAAUCUUACUUUAAUCCAGCUCCUGGUCACUUGUUUAACUCAGUAUAUGCUGCAAGGUGCCUUAAAAAAUAUUGGUUUCAGUAUGUGAAAUUUACCAUAAAAUCCCAGCACUGUUUUGAACGUCCCUGACUAUUAACCCAAAGUUGUUUUGGACAAUAAACAAUUCUUAAUAUUUAAAUCAGAGUUUUGUAAAAGCCUGCUUGGUGGGCCUAGAAGAUGGUGCUCUGGCUAGCUGGGAUUUCAGCCAGACCUUAGUCUAAAAUGUCUUUGGCUAAUUUAGGGGCAUGGAUUACUGGCUUCAGCAGGAAUUACAUUCAAGCCUCCUUAAAAACAAAAAACGGACUGAUUUUGCAGCAGUAAGAUCCUCAGCAUUGAUGUGUGUUGUACUUACAGUAACUUAAACAUUUGAUCUGAUGUUCGGUUGAUCUGCUUAAAAUAGGCUAAUAGAUGUUCUGCAGACCUUACAGGACCACUAGUGCUGGUAGAAUACUUGAAACAUUCAUAUUAAAAAGUCUCUUGCCUAUUUUUCCAAAAUCUUCAGUGGAACCAGUUUGCCUAGGACACUCCGAGUGCUUUAUACAAAGAUUAUUUUUACCUGCCCACUGUAAGAUUUAUAGGAAUACCAUAAUAGUCAAUGACAAGAAUGGACUACCUCAGUAUUGACAAUCAGGGUUAAGAUGUUGGUAUGUGCUUUUAGAGUACACUCGUCUUUUACCAGUGAAACAAAGGAGAAUUUGCUACAUGAAAGUGAAUGUGUGUGGUGCACACACAGUACCAAAUUGUCUAACAUUCACCUAUACAAUCUGCUUUGUUUGCUUCUAUAUUUGUAUUAUAAAAUCUUUAAAGCCUCUAGCAUAAGUACUGACUGGCUGGGAAUAAACCUCUGUACAGCUGUAUGCAUUUUGAAAACUAUUGCGUAAAUACUAGUUCCUAAUCUUUGUGUCUUGCAUGCAAAAGUAAAUCACCACUGCCUGCUUUGGGUGGGAGCAUGUGCACUAGGUAACUGGUUAAGGCAAACUUAUCCAGAAGUGUUUGGAAAACGGGGAAAUCUGUUUCCAGUUUUCUGAAUAGUUCCAAAGCUAGCUGGGAAGUAAAAUAUCUAGACAUUUAUUGUCCAGAAAUCAUUCCCUGAAGUGUUCUGACAGGUUCUGUCAGUGGCAUUCCCAGCUGGUGGCCUAUCACUGUGGUAGGAAUAGCAAAUAUAAUAAUUGGGCUUGGGUGUCUUUCAACAGGCUGUUUAAGAAUGAUCCUUCCAUCAGGAAAAGCUUCAUCUCUGAUCCUUGUGACACUGGUGUGUAGGAGAGUGGAAGGGACCAAGUAUCCCUAUUGCAGCAGGCUGUUUUGCCUCAAUAUUCAGCCCCCAAUUGUGCUGCUCUGUCACAAUGGAACUAGUGCAGCAACUCAGUUGAAAUGAAGGGCUGGAGUUUCAGGCUUUGCUUCCUCACUACUGGCUAAGAACAUCUUUGUCAGAAAGCUGCUCAAUCUCACAGAAGUACUUUGAGCACAGAACUGCCUUACUUUUUCAGAUGGGCUUCAGGUAGUGUUAAGUUAAAUGUUCAGUACGACUCAACUGCUAUUUACCUUUGGCCAUACCAGUGUAUUUUAAAAGCAAAGGCUGAUUUCUGGAGUUGGGUGUCUUGGUUAGAAGUUUUGUGUUUCCAUCAAACUAUGUUUACACACACUUCAGAAACAAGAAAAAUUGUCCAACUGUAGCAAACAGCUUUUCUUUAAGCUGCCAAGAACAUUGAGUUGCGUAGUCACCUUCAGCAGUGUUCCUAUUCACCCACAUACUGUAAGCUUCAGUCAAUUUUGUCUUAGGUGCUAGGAUAAUGCAUUUUUGUAUUAUUAAGAUUCUGGUAACUUGCUCCUUAUUUGACUGUCCUACCAGAUAUACUGACUAUUGGAGUUUCAUAUUUCUUGGUAGUUAAUAAUCAACUGAAUAUUCUUUACCCAGUCAGUCCAUAAUAUAACGAUUAGAGGCUCUUGCAUCUAAUUGGAUAAUAAGAUUAUCUUGAAGGUGCUGUGUACUUUACAGCAAGCUGGAACUGAGUUUCACAGCUGCUUCCAUUCCAUUCUUAAAUUAAAAAAUGGAGGUUUAAUACAUAGGUUAUAAAAACUGAAUUUAAUAUAGACCCAAACAUCAUUGAAGUCAGGGAGACUAGUCACAUACUUAAGUAUGUACAUCUACAGCUGUUUACAGAAUUGAGGCUUGUUUGACAUGGUGCAGUUUUGUUUGGAAUAAGCACAGCUGGCUCUUUCUGCUAGUGAUCUUCUCAGGUGACAACUAAAUUUCAUCUUUAAGAAACAUCCCACUUAGGUAAGUGAGGUGAGUGACUGCACUUCAUUUUGGGCUGUUAGUCUGCACUUGGUUCACAUUUUCAGGUUUAUUUUAAUGAUAAAGGCCACAAAAUAACUUGUACAUUGCUUCCUAAAGCACCAUUCUUCAAUUCUAUCCUACAGGCAUCUGAAUUUCAGUUCACAUGUACAUUGCUGAAUAACUUUUUUUUUUUUGAGCAACUGAAAGCAGUAUUGGGGCUAGGGAGUACCACGGGUAGAAUGAGGAAGCUACCAGCCAGUCAGUCUCUUCUAGGUAAAAUAUUUGUUCAAAGAAAAAGCAACAUAGUGAGGAUUUGUUCUGCCUGUUAACCAAAACAUGUUUUAAAGAAGGUCCUGUCAGAUCAGGGCAACAUCUUUAAAGUGAUACUGUAUAGUCACGAGGUAAAGAAAACCACCACCCCAUACAUUAGAAAUUGGCUGCCAAAAAGAGCAAGACCAUUAUGACCCAUCUUAAUUGGUAUAAUUUGAGACAACAGUAAAUUCUAGUGACACUCAAAAGGCAGAUACAUACCUGCCAACUGUGCCUGGAGGUGGUGGUGGAGCAUCUACAGGUAGAGACUCCAUGACUUGUAACACUGGGGGGAAAGUCAGCAAAAUAAAGACGGAUCACAUAAGCCUAGACUUAGAUGCUAAUGACUUUCACAGCAUAUAGAAAUACAGGAGAGAGAAAAAGGAGGAAGGCUACAGAGCUGGCUACACCUCUGAGCCCUCACUGGGCUCUAGAUGCAUCCAUGUCUGACUGAGCUCUAGCCCUGUGGCAGUGUACCUGGCAGGCUUUGCUUCUGAUCCUCCAGCAGAGGUGCGAGAGAGUCUGUUUGCCAGGAACAGCUCUGCCAGCUGCAUCUCCCUCUCUCAGUAGUGUGACUGUUCAGUGUCCUUUGAGCUUUUGGCUUCAAGCCUUGUAACUUUGGCUGGAGUCUGGCAGUAGUAUCACCCCAGUGAAUAGCUUGGGCAUUAUCCAGCAAUGACCCCCACCAUGUUUCCCAGGAGAUGGCUUACCUGGCGACAUUGUGUUGUCUCCCUUUGAGGGUUUGCAAACAUCCCUGCUAUUAAACUUAUACAAAAACAGUAAAUAUUCCAGUAUAGCCAUACACUGUCCCCAUAACCAGGUUACACACAGUAUUCAGGCCCCCACAUUCCAGUGAACAGUUUUAAAACUACAAUUCUGGCCCUUAACAUAAUUCCAGUUCUGUAAUGCAGAAACAGAAUGACCAGAGACUACAGACUGAGCAGUUAAGAAAACUUCACUCACCAUUUUGUCAGCACCUCACACUGGCAGAGAUGUCACAUCUCACAUCCUCUCUUUCUUUAGUUAAGGGGCAAGUUUCAUGAACUCCCCCCAUAUGGAAAUCUCCAGAGGUCCACCAAGCCCAUGCUUAACAUUCCUGACAUUAAGGUUAAAAACUAAAAAUUUUGUGCUGCAUGAAUCUGAAUUUAGUGUUAGAUGUCCUAAUUGUUUUUGUAACCUUAGCUUGCAAUUGUUUUUAAUAACAUGGGGUGUGAUGGUAUGUCUUGUUUUAAAUUGCUGCCUUAGUUGAAUCUAAGGUGUGGGAACAGAUUUCAAAUCAUGGAGCGCAGUGCUGAACACACUGCAAUCCCAUGGCCCAAGUCUGUUUCAUUAUACUGCCAAUUUGGAACAGAAAGAGCCACACCAUGAAACUGGACAUGCAUACUAUACGAUAGGGACAGGCUGCCCUGGUAGUCGCUCACUGAAGCAAACAGCCACUUCAGGAGUAGUAGAGAUUCUUUAGCCCGCAUGUGAAGAUCAGGUGAAGGCAGCAAGUGAGUUAUUCUGAGGCACAGGCAUGAAGGGCUGAACCCUUCACUAGUAAUUAUGGUGCAUUUGGUAACCAGCCUUCAGCUUAUGUUUUGCUCCUGUUGGGUCAACUUUCUCAGACUGUUGCCCAUCUGCUUCAUAGUCAAGAGAAUCCUCUUGUCAGCUUAGCUAUGUGGCCCAGAAACACUGUUCUAGAGCUUAGUUAACACUAAAAUAAGUACUCCCAAUACACAGGCUCUGAAGUCCUCACAAUAGUGAUUUUAUUAAAUUAGUUGCUUUAUAAAACAUUGCAGAUGUCAUAAUUGUUAACAUAACAAUUUGCCCAACUGUAGUAACUGUUGCAGUUUGCUAAGCAGGUUUUUGUAAAUGAAAGAAAAUGGUAAAGUCCUGUGAAAGUUCUAUCACAGCCCAUGAGAACAAAGGAAAUUUGGUUCUCAAACACUUAAACCAGGCAGUUAACUGUUAGAAUAACCAACCCGUACAGCUGCAUUAGUAAAUAAAUGUAAACUAACUGCUUAUACUCAAGAUACCACAAAUCAUUUUUCAAAUGCAACAAGGAACUAUUUUCUUGUUUUGACCAAAAUAAGUUUUAUUUUAAACUGUCAAGCUUUGAAAGAAUGGGUGUGUAUCAAGUGAUUAAUUUUCAAGUGCAGUAUCCUUACUUUGAAGUUAGCAGUCCCCUUCACAAUCUCUUUAAAAAAAAAACCCAAGCUCUAAUUUAGACAAAGCAAUUUUAAUACUAAGUGCACACCAUGCCCUUGCCGCAAACUGCUUUUGUUCACAAGAUAAAUCAUUCAAGGAGGUACAGUUAAGGCUGUAUUACUAAACUGUGCUGGUAAUAAUACGACGUUUGCUUUGUUGAAAUUCAUGUCCAACUUUGUGGUUUUGUUACUAUGAAACCAGAUAGCAACAAUUAAAAACAUUAUUAGAAUUUUGUUUUUUCUGUGAUUUAUGUAGGAAUUGAGUUUCAUCAUUUUAACCCCUUGAUGGGACAGGUAUCCCAAUGCUUUAGCACCACCCUCUCAAAGGGUUAAAUAACCAGCACACAGAUACUGCACUUUCAAUUGUAGCAUUUGGCAGAAUUUAAAGGAAAAGAAGUUGUGCUACAUGUUUAAGGGGUUAUGGGCAACAGAAAGACAACACAAGGAAAGAUAAAUGUCACAUGAAGU